GCCACCCUGGACGAAGAUCGCGGCACGCUCCCUACCUUGGCCCAGGCCACAACCAUGGCCAUGAUCCUGGACCAGCCACACAAGAUCCUCUGCUGCCAGUGCGCCGUCGUGAUCGAGCCGAACGCGGUCAAUAUGUGCGUCAACUGUCUCCAGGAGCGCUACGACAUCGGCGCAGGAGUAUCGAAGCAGGUCCAGCAAAACACGUGCCGCGGCUGCAACCGGUUCGAGCGGCGGGACGGCAGCUGGGCGGAGGUGGACAUGGAGUCCAAGGAGCUCCUCGCGCUGCUGCUCAAGAAGCCGCGCGGGCUGACGCAGGUCCGGCUCAUCGACGCCUCGUAUGUUUGGACCGAGCCUCACUCGCGUCGCAUCAAGCUCAAGCUGACGGUGCAGCAGGAGGUGGUGGCGGGCGCGGUGCUGCAGCAGUCCUUCGUGGUGGAGUACGUCCUCGGCAACAAGCAGUGCGGCACCUGCCAGCGGCGAGAGGCCAAGGACACGUGGGUCGCCGUCUGCCAGGUUCGGCAAAAGGUGGAGCACAAGCGGACGUUCUUCUGGAUCGAGCAGCUCAUCCUCAAGCACCGCGCGCACACGGACGCGAUCAACAUCGUCGAGCGGCGCGACGGGCUCGACUUCUUCUACGAGGCGCGCUCGCACGCCGAGAAGAUGACCUCCUUCCUGCAGGGCGUCGCGCCGACCCGGUACAAGAACGGGGAAGGGGCGGUACAAGUGGAGCUGCUGCCAAUCUGC